AUGAGUGUAACAAAUCGCAGAAAAUCGACAGAUUCAGAAUCAAAUUCAACUGCUCAUACAACAAACAACGAUCAACGUCAUCAGCCAUUACUAUCAUAUAUAAGUUGCAGACAAGCUGCCACGGUAUCCAAAAGAAAUAAUCGGUCGCGAAUUGAAGACGACCAAGAACAGUUAGUUUCUUCAACAUCAACGGAUAUUUUAUUACCUUUGCAGGCUGAAGGUGAAGGAGAAGAAGUAUCCAUUGAUUUGGAAACGGUUGUUACAUCUUCAGCACGCAUUAGCAGUAGCACAAAUACUUAUGGUAUUAUAGCCGAUUCACUAGAAGAAUCAAAUUUGCCAUCAACAUCUGGCUAUGCAAGGGCAGAAACUGAGUUGGCAUCUGCAAAUAGUCCUAAUGCUAAUAAUAAUAAUCGAACAGUGAGACCUAUAUCUAAUGAAAUGGGGACCAAAGACAACAGUGAAAAGGUCAUUGACGAGACUGGUAUGCGAUUUUCUAAUAGCGGUAGCGAAUGUGAUGUUAGCUUAAAUGACCGUAACGAUCAAUCCACUUCCGCGAACAAUAACGUUUUGGGUACCCUAACACAUAUUGACAAAAAUAAAAUAAAACUUAAACUGCCGAAAUUGACAGCUAGCGAAUCUCACGAUAUUCCAUCGAAUGAAGAUUGUAGGAAAGUUGAACCUCUCAAAAUAAAUCUGCUAAAUGCACAGCAUCACAGUACUAAUAAUGUUCAUCACACACCCAAAAUAACUAUAAAACCAAUACUGAAGGAACAUGCUCCUGAAGUUCUAGUAUCCUCGGAAGAAUGUUCUUCAUCCGCCGAGGAUGAAAUUGUUUCCACACUGAAUAUCAGUGAUCCUCACAUUUUGCCGAAAUUAACAAUUCGAUCUAAGAAUGAGGACAAUGGAUCUUCACAUACAACUGUGGUUCCAAAACUUACCAUUAAAAUCAAUGAUACCAGCUCUGUCGAAUCACAGAAUUCCACUUCGGCUGCUAAUACACCACCCCUACCAAAGUUAACUAUUAAGACAGGACAAGACGGCCACACUGAAUCUAUUAUAUCGAAUAUUUCGCCUGCCUCCUCAACGACGUCGGCAUCUUCGUCAUUGGGAUCUUCGGCUCUAACCUUACCAGCAAUUCCUAGCUCCCCUGUUGUAACGGCAUCAUUACCUUUACCAAAAUUGACAAUUAAACCUCUGCAAAAAGCGAAUGAACAACCGUCAAUACCUAAGUUUUGUAUAAAGACUAAUAUAUUGUCCACGGAUAACUCGGAAGAUCCCGCGCAAUCUAAAAUACCAAAAUUGACUAUUAAAACUGGUCAGGAGCAUGCAGUUAUUAUUACACAACGAAAUGAUCAUAUGAACGCAGCAGGAAUACCUAAGCUGACAAUAAAAACAAAAUCAUUGGAAAUUCCAGAUGAUACAUGUACAGAAGAUAGCAAUGUUGUAAUGGAAAAAAUUCCCAAACUUACAAUAAAGACCAAUGCGGUAAAUGAGAUCUCGACAAAGUCCAGUAAAACAAAAAUCGCUCCGGAAGCAGUAGCUGAUAAUAUUAAUUUGCAAUCACCGAAGCAACAGGCCGUGCCCAAAAUAACUAUUAGCAGACAAUCCCUUCAAAUGGAUAAUCAAUCCGACAUAAGGGAGGGUGUGACGAAAAUGACAAUUAAAACAUCUAAUCAAUCGGACUUUUCGAUAAAAAGUCAAUUGAAUCGGCCGCCUUCCACAGAAGAAAGUGGCAUAAGCGACGAUACAGAACAAGACUUUUAUGAGGCGAUUCACAAUAAAACAGUACCGAAACUUACGAUAAAAAAUUUGGGCUCUCCUCAGCUUAAAAUAGUGGCAGAUUCACAUCCAGAUGUAAACAAAAAGUUUAACUCUUCAAUUGCUUCCGUUGAUGUAGAUGAAUUCACCGAUCUGUUAAAUGUGGAAAAUGUCGGGGAAGAGUCCAGUAACUCCCAAGAGUUUUGUGGAUUUAAUGAUCACUCUGUAAAUGACCGUCCUGUAAACGCUACCACAAAUAAAGAAAAGGUUAACAUACACCGUAAUUCUGAUGAUAUGGACAUUGAUGAAAGUCUAAAAAUGCAGCAUGAACCGCAAAUUUUUCAAAAUAAUUCUCAAAUGAAAGAUCAUGCAUCGUCUUUCAUUCAAGAAGCGGAGAUCAAUGGAAAGUUGGUUUCUAAGGAAUGUUUUAAGUCUGAACGUAUUAUCGAUACUGUUGAUUUGACAUCGUCGGCCGGAAGUUCUCCCGCGCAACUUAAUCGAUUUGACUACAACGAUGAUGAAGAUGGAAGAAAAUCGAAUGACGCGUGCAAUGAAUUAGUGCCUACAACGAGUAUAUUGAUGGAACGAUUGCAGAGGGAAACAUCAGUAAUAAAGAAAGUUAUUAUUCAAAGCAACCCUAUGGAGAAUGCCUCACAGCCACCAACAUCAAAUGUUCUCAGCAAUUCACCAAAUUCACAAACAUAUCCUCAAUUGGCGGAACGCUUAAUUACUAAUGGAUCUAAUGUAGACACGUUAGGCACUAGUCGUGUACAAACAAAAAGCAAUAACGUUGAGAAUAUUAUUGAUUCGAUAGAAAUUCUUGAUUCACCUGAAGGUAGCUCUCAAAAUUCGUCCGAUGCCCUAUUUGAGAAUACCUGUGUCUCUAAUACUAAUACUGACAUUCAGAACGGGUUGCACUAUUCAAAAGAGGCUCACCUACUUGCCAUUAAUAACAACAACAUAAACUUGAAAAGACAUGCAUCUGUCGACCGUGACGAAGUAAAUCAAUUUAAUUCGAAUGAAGGUAGCGGGGUAAAAGGAUUACCAUCAAAAUUACGAAAACUACAAAAUGACAAUUCCAGCCCAAAUAAAAUAUUGAAUGAAGAUAGUUUGACCCAAACAGAAUGUUUUCACGAAUAUGAAGGAGAUAUUUCCUUGUCGAAUUCAGAAGUUAAUACAACAAAUGCAGCUAUUAUACAGACUGGAGUUCCAGUUCAUCAACGAUCGCGUAAGCAAAAGCACGAACAUUUGCUGCCCGUUCCAGCAGAUGAAGUGGCCAAUACUAUUCAAACAAAUUCUGUUGAUAGCGUAGAAUGCCAAAAUGACGACAGUAGUUCAAGCAACAGCAAAACGCCAGCUAUCAAGAAAAGAGGUCGACCAAAAAAAUCGGAUGCAGCUGCAAUGCCACCAAAAACCAAAGAUGAAACAAAUGCGAAACCUGCAGCGAAUUCGGUUGACAAUAAAUCGCGUAGAGUUCAAUUAUUACGAAAGCGUUUAGCGAUAGAUAUGGUUGAUAUCGACAAUCCCUUGGCAGACGCUUCAGAAAAGAACGAUCUUCAAGACACUCAGCUUAUAAGUGAAUAUCAAAAUAGCGCCGAUACUUCAAAGAGGGAAAGAAGCUUACGUAUUCCUUUGAGAAAUUCAAGAAGAAGCAAUACACCGAAUGCUCUUCACACAGAGUCGGGAAAUGGAACCAGUAAAUUAAUGUCUUCAUUGGAGGACAAAAAAACAGCAAAUGAUAUGGACUCCGAGAGUACAUUUAAUCACUUUGUAGAGUCAAAUUCUUCAGUGUCAUCUGUUAGUUCAAACGCUUCAGCUACGGUUACCAUAAAUACAACCACCAUAGCCAAUAGCGGCUGCACCUUAAUGCCUUCACAAAUCGACUUGACAAUUUCAUCUUCCUCAUCAAGUAGUAGUAAUGGUAGCACUACGAACACAAUAACAACAGUCGAGGCAACUUCCAUGCUUCCACCCACAACUAUAUUGUCUUCAGAUCCUCUGCCAGACGUCGUAUUCAAACCUAGUGAUUUUUCAUCAAUGAUGACAUCCCAACAUUUGCAGGAAUCGUCAUUUUCGAUAAGCACCCAAUCGAAAUUCGAUGACUCACAAAAUGAAGAAAUACAAGGCGAAAUCAGUGGUGCAGAUUAUUCAGAAGACGAUUCCACAAGUUCAUCUACUACGUUAAACAGAGGUAGAGGUCGUAUUCGGGGUGUACGUGGCGGGCGUACACCCGGGCGUGGUAAUCGUACACAUAACAUGGGUCGAGGAGCAACUCCAACCUCAAAAUCAAUAGCUUUAAGUAGGCCGCGAUGUGUUGGUGCUCUUAAGCACACUCCGGACCCAGAAAGGAUAAAAGGAUUAUAUAGCCCGGCACCCCAAGUAUUUGAAGAAGAUACACGAAUGAGCGCUGACUUAACACAGACAAGCAUCCCGCAGCAAGGUUCGCCUCUGCAAACAAGUCAACCGGAUUUUUGUUCAAACGAAGAAUCCCAAUCCUCUGUGAUAAGUAAUACCAGCAUUUUGGAUUCCAAUAUUACCUUUUCGUCGCAAAGUGCCACUUCUGCCAGAAAACCCAUGAAAAAGAAGAAAAUGGAAGUGUGUGUAGCCGAAGAUACGGAGUUUACGGUUGCUUCUAUAGCGGAAUAUGAUUGGCCUCCACCAAAAGGUUGCUGUCCUUCUAAAAAUCGAGAUACGUUUAUGAUUCAAGAACAAGUUGCAAUGUAUUUGGGUAUUAAAAGUUUUAAGCGGAAAUAUCCCGAAUUACCUCGACGUCAAAUAGAUAUGGAGGAACGAAAUUGGUUGCAAGAGAAAGGCCUGGUAUCUGAGAAAAUGUGCGAUUUGGGAAUAACUGCUGUGUGGGCUUCCGAUAUAUUGGAUAUUAUGUACACCGAUUUCUACGAUAAAUACGAAGAAUACAAGGAUUUCGUGAGACAAAAACAUUUGCGAGAAAUAGAAGCUAAGCAAAAAUCGUUGGGCUUAAAUGUAGCUGGAAGGGGUUUACAAGCACGAGAGAGAGCAUUGUUAUCUACCAGCAAAUGGAAUUCAUAUUUCAAUAGGACUCGCAAAGAUGAGCGUUUGUCAUUCCUCGAUUUACAAACAUUAGUGGUUAAUAAACCCUCCCCACGUACCGCUCCGUUAUCUACCCUAAUCAACCGUCCGGUGGCUGACGCUGUUGCUCUAGCUGCCAAAGAAGAGAACAUUGCUGAGCCGCCUACUCUUCUGCAACCUCGUGUGUGUGAACCUCAAAGGCCGAGAGAUUCGUAUUACCCGCUGUCUCUGGUUCCGGGCCAAUUUUGUGAGAAGUUCUACAACUAUUCUGCACUGGAAUUGCGACAUGUACCCCUAAACACUAUUAUGGAACUUCCAUUCAAUUUGUGGCAACAUAAUGAGCAGGAAAAUAACAGCUCCGAUACGGAUUCUGCUACUGAAAGUGUUGAUAAUAAGGUUGAGCUGGAAGUUUCGAGCACAACCACAACAAAACGACAAAGCAAACGUUGUGCUCGCCUAAGUCGUCCCUUUGAAAGCAAUAGUUGUGAUGAGUUCAAAAUACCACCUGUACCAGGCGCGUCGACAUCAGCGAGAAACUCGAUAUGUUUAUCUUCUUCUGAUGAAUCUUCGUCCGAAAGUGAUUCAGAUUCUUCUUCAUCAUCAUCAUCGUCCUCUGAAGAAUUCUCGGAAGACGAGGAUUCUCCUACCACAUGUGCUGUUUGUCUUCGCCCGCAUAAUCGGAAUAUGAAUGACAUACCGGAAUUGUUUGUGAAUUGCUAUACAUGCAGGCGAAAAGUUCACCCCAGCUGUAUUGAAAUGCCUCGGAGAAUGGUUCUACGCGUCCGUAAUUACAAUUGGCAAUGCGCUGAUUGCAAGUGCUGUAUCAAAUGCAAGCAAAAACAGGACGAAAAUAAAAUGUUAUAUUGUGAACAAUGUGAUCGCGGUUUUCAUAUAUAUUGUCUUGGAAUAAAGUCAGUGCCUGAUGGCCGCUGGAGUUGCAAUCGUUGCAGUAUUUGUAUGCGAUGUGGGUCUAAUACACCGGAAGGUAUACCAUCCUAUCAUCAUAUAAUUAAUUCCCCCAACGGAGAACAAAGUAAACAAAACCGGCAUAAAAGGGUGAAGUGGGUCAAUGAAUAUCGUAUGGAUCCUGUUACAAAAGUUAAAGAACAUACCUCUAUGCUAUGUGUUCCGUGUGCAAAAAUGAAAUCUGCCAAGAGAAAUCAAGCGUCGCUUCACAACCCUAGUUCGAAUGAAGUCGUCACCUCUCCAGGUGCAUAUAGUGAUUCAUCUAGUUCACCUGGUGUUGUAUCUCUAGCAACAACAACAUUGCCCACGGAUUCAGCGUACACUGAAAACACAAAAGAAGACACUGCACACAACACAGGCCCUAGCGGGAAACUAGGUGAGGAGUCCUCUCGUUCGGAGAAAAAUGAUUGUGGCAUGCUUCUGGCAAACUCUAAAAAUGCCCCACCGCCUGUAGUUGCCUGA